GCGGCGGCGGCGGCGGCGGAGGCAGCGGUCUUAGAAUGAGCAGCAAUAUCCACGCGAACCAUCUCAGCCUAGACGCGUCCUCCUCUUCCUCCUCCUCUUCUUCUUCCUCCUCCUCUUCCUCCUCGUCCUCGGUCCACGAGCCCAAGAUGGAUGCGCUCAUCAUCCCGGUGACCAUGGAGGUGCCUUGCGACAGCCGGGGCCAACGCAUGUGGUGGGCUUUUCUGGCCUCCUCCAUGGUGACUUUCUUCGGGGGCCUCUUCAUCAUCUUGCUCUGGCGGACGCUGAAGUACCUGUGGACCGUUUGCUGCCACUGCGGGGGCAAGACGAAGGAGGCCCAGAAGAUAAAUAAUGGCUCCAGCCAGGCAGAUGGUACCCUCAAACCAGUGGACGAAAAAGAGGAGGUGGUGGCAGCCGAGGUCGGCUGGAUGACUUCUGUGAAGGACUGGGCAGGGGUGAUGAUAUCUGCCCAGACACUGACUGGCAGAGUCCUGGUCGUGUUAGUCUUUGCUCUCAGCAUUGGUGCCCUUGUAAUAUACUUCAUAGACUCGUCAAACCCAAUAGAAUCCUGCCAGAAUUUCUACAAAGAUUUCACAUUACAGAUCGACAUGGCUUUCAACGUGUUCUUCCUUCUCUACUUUGGCCUGCGGUUUAUUGCAGCCAACGAUAAGCUGUGGUUCUGGCUGGAAGUGAAUUCUGUAGUCGAUUUCUUCACAGUCCCUCCCGUGUUUGUGUCUGUGUACUUAAACAGAAGUUGGCUUGGCUUGAGAUUUUUAAGAGCUCUCAGACUGAUACAGUUCUCAGAAAUUUUGCAGUUUCUGAAUAUCCUUAAGACAAGUAAUUCCAUCAAGCUGGUGAAUCUGCUCUCCAUAUUUAUCAGCACGUGGCUGACUGCAGCUGGAUUCAUCCACUUGGUGGAGAAUUCAGGGGACCCAUGGGAAAAUUUCCAAAACAACCAGGCACUGACAUACUGGGAAUGUGUCUACUUACUCAUGGUCACAAUGUCUACAGUGGGCUAUGGGGAUGUUUAUGCCAAAACUACGCUUGGACGCCUCUUCAUGGUCUUCUUCAUCCUCGGGGGACUGGCCAUGUUUGCCAGCUACGUCCCUGAAAUCAUAGAGUUAAUAGGAAACCGCAAGAAAUACGGGGGCUCCUAUAGCGCGGUUAGUGGAAGAAAGCACAUUGUAGUCUGUGGCCACAUCACUCUGGAGAGUGUCUCUAACUUCCUGAAGGACUUUCUGCACAAGGACCGGGAUGAUGUCAACGUGGAGAUUGUCUUUCUUCACAACAUCUCCCCUAACCUUGAGCUCGAGGCUCUGUUCAAGCGGCAUUUUACUCAGGUGGAAUUUUAUCAGGGUUCUGUCCUCAAUCCCCACGAUCUUGCCAGAGUCAAGAUAGAGUCAGCAGAUGCUUGCCUGAUCCUUGCCAAUAAGUACUGCGCUGACCCGGAUGCAGAAGAUGCUUCCAACAUCAUGAGAGUGAUCUCCAUAAAGAACUACCACCCGAAAAUCAGGAUCAUAACUCAGAUGCUGCAGUAUCAUAACAAGGCCCAUCUGCUCAACAUCCCCAGCUGGAAUUGGAAAGAGGGUGAUGACGCAAUCUGCCUCGCGGAGCUCAAGUUGGGUUUCAUAGCCCAAAGCUGUCUGGCUCAAGGCCUCUCCACAAUGCUUGCCAACCUCUUCUCCAUGAGGUCAUUCAUAAAGAUUGAGGAAGACACCUGGCAGAAAUACUACUUGGAAGGAGUCUCCAAUGAGAUGUACACAGAGUAUCUCUCCAGUGCCUUCGUGGGGCUGUCCUUCCCUACUGUUUGUGAGCUGUGCUUUGUGAAGCUUAAACUCCUGAUGAUAGCCAUUGAGUACAAGUCUGCCAACCGGGAGAGCCGAAGCCGAAAGCGAAUAUUAAUUAACCCUGGGAACCACCUUAAGAUCCAAGAAGGUACUUUAGGAUUUUUCAUCGCAAGUGAUGCCAAAGAAGUUAAAAGGGCAUUCUUUUACUGCAAGGCCUGUCAUGAUGACGUCACAGAUCCCAAAAGAAUUAAAAAGUGCGGCUGCAGGCGGCCCAAGAUGUCCAUCUACAAGAGAAUGAGACGAGCAUGUUGUUUUGAUUGCGGACGUUCUGAGCGUGGCUGCUCAUGCAUGUCAGGCCGUGUGCGUGGUAACGUGGACACCCUUGAGAGAGCCUUCCCGCUUUCUUCUGUCUCUGUUAAUGAUUGCUCCGCCAGUUUCCGUGCCUUUGAAGAUGAGCAGCCGCCAACGGUGUCACCCAAAAAAAAGCAACGUAAUGGGGGUAUGAGGAACUCACCCAACACCUCCCCGAAGCUGAUGAGGCAUGACCCCUUGUUAAUCCCUGGCAAUGAUCAGAUUGACAACAUGGACUCCAAUGUGAAGAAGUACGACUCCACUGGGAUGUUUCACUGGUGUGCACCCAAGGAGAUCGAGAAAGUCAUCCUGACUCGAAGUGAAGCCGCCAUGACUGUCCUGAGUGGCCAUGUUGUAGUCUGUAUCUUUGGGGAUGUCAGCUCAGCCCUGAUUGGCCUCCGGAACCUGGUGAUGCCGCUCCGUGCUAGCAAUUUUCACUACCAUGAGCUCAAACACAUUGUGUUUGUGGGCUCCAUCGAGUACCUCAAGCGAGAGUGGGAAACACUGCACAACUUCCCCAAAGUGUCCAUAUUGCCUGGUACGCCAUUAAGUCGGGCUGAUUUAAGGGCUGUCAACAUCAACCUCUGUGACAUGUGCGUUAUCCUGUCAGCCAAUCAGAAUAAUAUUGAUGAUACUUCGCUUCAGGACAAGGAAUGCAUCUUGGCGUCACUCAACAUCAAAUCUAUGCAGUUUGAUGACAGCAUCGGGGUCUUGCAGGCUAAUUCCCAAGGAUUCACACCUCCCGGAAUGGACCGGUCAUCUCCUGACAACAGCCCAGUGCAUGGGAUGCUGCGCCAGCCGUCCAUCACGACGGGGGUCAACAUCCCCAUCAUCACAGAACUCGCUAAACCAGGCAAGUUGCCUUUGGUAUCAGUCAAUCAGGAAAAAAACAGUGGGACGCACAUUCUAAUGAUCACGGAGUUGGUGAAUGAUACUAACGUUCAGUUUUUGGACCAAGACGAUGACGAUGACCCUGAUACGGAGCUGUACCUCACACAGCCCUUUGCAUGUGGGACAGCAUUUGCCGUCAGCGUCCUGGACUCGCUCAUGAGUGCGACAUACUUCAAUGAUAAUAUCCUCACCCUGAUACGGACCCUGGUGACAGGAGGAGCCACACCAGAACUUGAGGCUCUGAUUGCUGAGGAGAACGCACUUCGAGGGGGCUACAGCACUCCCCAGACACUGGCCAACAGGGACCGUUGCCGAGUGGCUCAGUUAGCCCUGUUGGAUGGCCCCUUUGCAGACUUAGGGGAUGGUGGUUGUUACGGUGAUCUGUUCUGCAAAGCUCUGAAAACGUAUAAUAUGCUUUGUUUUGGAAUCUACCGGCUGAGAGAUGCCCACCUCAGCACCCCCAGUCAGUGUACAAAAAGGUAUGUCAUCACCAAUCCCCCCUACGAGUUUGAGCUUGUACCAACAGACCUGAUCUUCUGCCUGAUGCAGUUUGACCACAACGCUGGCCAAUCGCGGGCCAGCCUGUCUCAUUCCUCCCACUCCUCACAGUCCUCCAGUAAGAAGAGCUCCUCCGUCCACUCCAUCCCGUCCACAGCGAAUCGGCCGAACCGGCCCAAGUCCAGGGAGUCUCGCGACAAACAGAACAGAAAAGAAAUGGUUUACAGAUGAACCGGAUAAUGCCUAUCCCAGAAACAUUCAAAUCAAGCCCAUGAGUACCCACAUGGCUAACCAGAUCAACCAAUAUAAAUCCACAAGCAGCUUGAUCCCUCCAAUCAGAGAAGUUGAAGAUGAAUGUUGACUCCCAGGAGACCAGAACUAUUUUUUUAAAGCCUGACAAACUUCCUAAUGGUGAUGUGACUUCUCGUCCUCUUCCAUGCCGAAUCACUGGUGGGAACACUAGAGUAAGCAAGAAUUGCAAGAAAAUAAAGUAGACAGAUCUUUCUCUUUGCCUUGAAUAUUGCUUCCAUGUAUUUUGGAAAAAAAAAUGAUUUCAUUUAUAAAUGAACAUACUAAAAUAGUCAUGUAUAGCUUCUAGGGUUUUAAAUUAUUUUUAUUUAUUAGAAAGAAAAUAUAUUUUUUUCUUUUCUUUUUUUUCAUCGCCGGAUUAUCUUCCCAUACAUCACAGCAAUGUUAAAUCAAAAUGAGUAAGUGGCCAGAUUCCUUAAUGUGUAUUUCUCUCCUUUCUCUCUUUUUCUUUGAGGAGAAUGAUGGUCACCACCCCAAUUUGUAAUUAAGGAAAAAGGAUUACUAAAAGAAUUUAAGGUAGUCAACAAUCUACACACAUAUUUCAGUAAAU